UUUAAUGACAGUUACAGUAUGCUUCGCUGGUUUUUUGUCGGAGAUAUUUAAAUUUUACAUUCAAUAAAUAUACUUUAAACUAUUACACGAAACAUGGCUGACAUAACGUAUAUUGUUGACAUUUAUCGGUAACCAGUAACAUCAGACAUAAUUAUAAAUUUGAAAACAAUGUCAACAGAAGAUGAAAAAAAGAAGUAUUGGUGUGAUCAAAUCAAAUCUAUGAUUGGACCCUGUAUGAUAACAUUUGCCAUACCAAUGAUGAUACCGGGCUUUACAAUUACAUUUGUAGCUUUCGCAGAAGACAAUGCGUUCCCGAAAUACGGUGCUCUACAUGUUGUUGGAAUUAUAAUCUUGGGAAUAGCAUUUAUUUUGCUUUUAUUUGGUUGUUUACUAAGGUUUCAUUGGAAACCGUUUAUUUCUCCUGACUUAGAAAUGCAUUUAUCACCGAUGGGUUCAGCUCGCCGCUUACAUUCGGACAGAAGUAGGUCUGGGAGUUUAAAAGGUGAAAGGGUGAAAGAAACUCAAAGUGAAAAUAAUUCAAAAUCCAGACAUACUGGUUUAGCCACAGCACGAGAUAGGAUGGACAAUAUUCCUCAUGUCGUCCCCAAAACAGAAGUUAAACUCGAAUCAGAGACGGAUGGUACGGCCAGCGAAUCUGAACUGAGAAGAUCGUUGACAGGAAGUAUUGAGCGAAAGUUUGAUAUGAUUUCGUCCCCUAGGAGUCGUAACCUCAGGCCAGUUAACUCUGACUCAUUCGAUGAAGAUUCAAACGACGCAAGCAUAAAUCACUAUGAAGUGGAGAAAUCUUAUGAAGCUCUGCAAGAGUUUAGGAGGAAGAAAAAACGAGGCAAGAAAAGAAACCAGAAAGAAAAACUAUCAGAUAACGAAACAGUGACAAGUAAAACAUUGGUUUCUGAAUCUCUAUUCGAGAUUGAUCAGCACACAAAAUCCGCCCAAAAUUCGGAAUGUGAAAGUACCAAAAAAACGGAAAGAAACAAACAUAGUGAAAAAAUAGAAACAGAGAACAGUAGUCCAGUGGAAAUAGAAAAACACAGUGUUAACAGUACCGCCGAGAAGAAGACUAAACGCAGAAAGAAAAAGAAAAAAGUUUUAAACUCUUUACGAAAUGAACAAGAAAGACCCGGAAAUAAGAAUUCGCAGAUAAUGUCAUCCAUGUAUGAAUCUAGUGCAAAUGCAUCACAUUUACAUAAUAGUCAAAAUGAAGAACCAGAUUCUGACCAAUCAAAUAUCAGUAUUGGUUCUGUAGAUUCUGUAUUAGCACAAUACACAUCACGAUCUUAAAAGUCAGAAAGAUAUUCCAUAGUUAGUAUGCCAUUCUGACCAAUCAAAUAUCAGUAUUGGUUCUGUAGAUUCUGUAUUAGCACAAUACACAUCACGAUCUUCGAAAAGUCAGAAAGAUAUUCCAUAGUUAGUAUGCCAUUCUGACCAAUCAAAUAUCAGUAUUGGUUCUGUAGAUUCUGUAUUAGCACAAUACACAUCACGAUCUUCGAAAAGUCAGAAAGAUAUUCCAUAGUUAGUAUGCCAUUCUGACCAAUCAAAUAUCAGUAUUGGUUCUGUAGAUUCUGUAUUAGCACAAUACACAUCACGAUCUUCGAAAAGUCAGAAAGAUAUUCCAUAGUUAGUAUGCCAUUCUGACCAAUCAAAUAUCAGUAUUGGUUCUGUAGAUUCUGUAUUAGCACAAUACACAUCACGAUCUUCGAAAAGUCAGAAAGAUAUUCCAUAGAAAGCUUUUAUGUCAUUACAAUAUGAUUCACAUGAUCACUCUGUGAAAAGUAAAAUAACAAUUAAAAGUCUCUAAUCAAAUGGCAAAAUGGCAAAAUGGCAAAAUCAAAAUCUCAAGUACAUCAAACGAAUGGACAACGACUGUCAUAUUUCUGACUUGGUACAGGUGUUUUCUUAUGUAGAAAUUGGUGGAUUAACCCUGACAGAUAUUGUCAUUAUCAUAAAGUGUAUUGUCGACGGGCUCCUGCUAACAAAAAUUGCUCCUAUAACAUUUUUUUACCAAUAAUGCUAGAAUAUAUGUUCUUGUUUGAACAAAUAUUCUAUGUACUUAUAUGUCUUCCAGCAGAAAUAAUAUCUAAAAAUAUUUCUUUAAUUUGGAACUAAUAAUAUAAAUGAACUUCAAUUCCAUGAUAAUAUGCCAAUGUUUUAUUAUUAAUGGUUGUAUGGUGCGCUUUAAGGUUCACAUAAAUAAAUUGUGUCUACGCUGUAACUAUAAAGCUUGAGCUAUAAAAUAUCUAUUUUAGAUUAUUUCUAUACAUGUAUAGAGUUACCUUUUGUUUCAUUCAAUAGUUAUUUUUAAAUUACUGGUAGCCCGAUAUAUCCAUUUGAAACAAUUCAUUUGGAAUUGAUCUCUUAAUUUUUUUUAGGCAUAUAAUGAAAACCCUUACACAGCAACUUUAAAAAAAAACAGAAGUGCAAUUUAAACUCAAAAAUACAUCAAGUCAGUCGAGCCGGAGUCAUUUAUUUUGAUUACAAAUACAACACAAUUUUUUGAGAGAAAUAUAUCUAUGAAAAAUGGACAGAAAUACCUAAUUUUUCUUUAGUUUUGUCAUAGAAAAUAUAAUGGAUAUCGCUGUGAUACAAAAUGGUAUUCAAUAACUUAUUCGAAUUUUACAGAAAUCCUUUUUACUGAUCAUAUUUUAUAACUUUAAAAAAAGUUAUGCUUCCUUGUUAUUUACAACUACGCACAUACUAAUUCAAUUUAAUGGGUACUUAAGAUUCACGAUUUAUAGGAAUGUUGUUAACCUGUAAGAAUUUGAUUUUUAAUACAACACAAAUUCUCAUUAUUAAAAAAGCACAGGGUUCAAAUACUAAAUUCAAAGUCUGGUUUAAUACCAUUUACUGUCUAUUUACAGCUUCAAAUAUUGGUUGUUUAUAUUACGGAAAAGACCGUCCUUUUGUGUCAUUUUAACACACUAGACACACUUUCUUGCAUUGUUUAUCAAUAUGAGAAUGUCUUGUUCUCAAUGUUUUUUACUUCACUUUUCACAUUUUCAGAAUACCUACCAGAAAAGUGGUUUUUGUUUAAAUCCAAAGGAAAUACAAGUCUUUCAUUUUUAGCACGACUGUGAUAUAUUUGUUUUUAUUAAAGUAAUUAAUUGUA